CACAGUUGAAUCCCACCAUAAAGCUGGCUGCCAUCGUCCUGCAAGAGGAAACACUGGACCACUCCUUUCUAUGCCGACAAAAGUAGAUGCUGCCAAAAUCAGUGUAUGUAUCAGUUGAAUGGUCAACACUUCCUCGCUGGCUCUGGACUCCCGGGAAUGAGAUUAUCAACCAUGAAUUGGUAUAGAUGGAGUAUUGAUGAAGUGACCUUGGACUUAAGCUAACUGUGAGAUCUAAAUCACAACAACCAAAGAUGCCGUCCGCUCGGUGCACUGUGUGCUGUGCCUCCUGCCUUGCUCUGGUUACACUGCUGUUGAUGCCAUGCAUGGCCAUGGAAAUAUUGUACAAAACCACGGAGCAGCGGCCACGAGGAACCCUCAUUGGGGACAUCAAAUCCUCAGCAAAAUUCAAAGAUCGUCUGCCUUCUUCAGAAUAUAAAACCCUCCGUUUCUCAUUCCUUCCUGAAGACGAUCCGAGCUCAACGUUUCUGAGGAUCAAGGAGAGCACCGGGGAAAUCUUUAGCAACAUUGCACUGGAUAGGGAAAAAAUCUGUGAUCCGGCGGACGAGAAUUGCUUAGUUAGUUUUAAAGUGGCUGUUUUGUCAGACAGUGGAGGGACAUUUGAAGUGAUCUCCAUCAACAUCCAGAUUGAGGACAUCAAUGACAAGUACCCAGUGUUUCCACAGAAUCAUGUCAGGCUGGAAAUCGAAAAUACCAAAGACAGUUAUGAAAUAAGAGCGGCUGUUGAUGAUGACGCUGGGAUCAACUCAGUCCAAACCUAUACCAUUCAACCAUGGGACGGGCCUUUCGAGUUGAAGGAAGUAAAGCAGCCUGGGGGCAACACUAAGCUAAGCAUUCUGCUCAAGGAUAUGCUGGACCGGGAAACCAAAGAUUCGUACAGUCUGCGGGUAAUUGCCAGAGACGGCGGAUCCCCAAUGCGGACAGGUGAAAUGCUGGUGGACAUAACGGUGACUGAUGCUAAUGAUCACCCGCCCGUCUUUACGCAGUCCAAGUACAUGGUGUCAAAAGCUGAGAACGCCACGGUGGGAACACCAUUAGUUAACAUUUUGGCCAAGGAUGCAGACCUGGGUGUGAAUGGUCAGGUUCGCUACCGCUUCGUGGGCAGGAUGAGUGAUAUGUUCACUUUGAAUGAGACAAGUGGCCUGGUGGUAUUAGCGAAAACACUGGAUUUUGAAAGUCAGUCCAGGUACAGCCUAACGGUGGAGGCGAGUGAUAUGGGAGUGCCAGUGCAGACAUCGCAGGCCCUGGUCAUCGUUAGUGUUAUAGAUGUGAACGAUGAUCCACCGAAGAUUGCGUUCAACCUGCUCUCUAGAGGGACAUACGCAGAAAUCCCAGAGGAUGCUGUUCCAGGCAGAUUUGUGGCGCAUGUUAGCAUUUAUGAUGGAGACAGCGGUGAGAACGGUGAAGUAUACUGCAGAUUGGACACAAACAUGUUCAAACUUCAGAAACUGGACAGGAAAGAUUUUGAGAUAAAACUUAAUGGUCAGCUCGACCGUGAAUCUAAAGAUGAGCACAAGGUGAACAUGUUUUGUGCUGAUGGUGGUAUUCCCCCGCUGACCGACUCGAAGGAGUUUACCGUGAGAGUAAAGGAUGUGAAUGACCAUUCGCCAAAGUUUAAGCAGACUGUUUAUGCUGUCACCAUCGGAAACAACAAGAUGGGUGUGAGCGUUGUAGACGUUUCUGCCACUGAUGAAGACAUAGGUGAAAACGGCAGGAUUGUCUAUGAGCUCUCCGGGGAUGCUGACGGCUUGUUUGCUGUGGAUAGAAACAGCGGGGAGAGUCAAGCGCUGGCUCCUUUGGACAGAGAAAAGAACGCAGAAGUUGUCUUUCAGGUUAUUGCCAAAGAUAGAGGCAUUCCACGCUUGAUUGAUUCCGCAACUGUGUCCGUGACUGUCCUUGAUAAAAACGAUGAAGCUCCGCAUUUUAAACAGCCUGAGUACACAUUCCAGAUUCUUGAAAACGAGAACCUGGCUCCAUUGUGGGGUCGGUUUUUGCCACAGACCCUGAUACAGGCCUCGGGGGUGAUGUCAUAUACUUUAUUCUGCCAAAGUCAGAUCCAAAAAACCUGUUCUCUAUCUCAACCACAGAAGGGACCAUUACCAUCAGAGGGGUUGGAUCGGGAGAUCAGAAGCCAGUACAACUUGAUCGUGCGGGCUCGGGACAAGGGAGACCCGUCUCUUGACUCCACUGUUCCGGUCACUGUUCUUGUCGGGGAUGUCAACGACAACUCCCCACGCUUCAUCUUUCCAAAUAGUUACAACAACACAGUGGAAAUUCUGCACUCUAUGUCUAUAUACACACCUGUGACCACCCUCAAAGCGAGUGACGUGGAUGAGGGUAGAAAUGCAGAAACCACCUACUACAUUGAGGAUGGAAACUCCAAGACACUUUUUGUCCUGAAUGAUGGCACUGGUGAAUUGACCCUCCGCAGAGCAUUGAGGAAGAAGGAUGCUGGGGAAUUACGCCUUGUUGUGGCUGCUCAAAAUACAGGCGACAGCGAAAAAAUCACCAGACGACUGUUGCACAUAAAAGUCAUACAGGACAAUGACACGGCGACCGGUGUUGGUCCAGGAGGCAUCGGGUGUUCCAGGAAGCGGCGUUUUGCCAGGAAGUGCUGUGGACCGUUCACAGAUGAGAAUGUGUCACGGCCAGCUGCUGGGGAAGAAAGCAACACAAUGAUGAUCAUUGUUAUAUGUGUUGUUGUUGCUACAGUGGUGAUAUCUGUUGUGCUUAUUGCCUCGAUUUGUAUAGUGUUGCGAAAACGAGACAAUCGGAGGCCAAACUAUUUCGUGAAACCAGAAGAGCAGAAAAUUAUGAAACAAAAAGAGAGCCCUUCUAGUACUUUAAGCGGGGAAAAUUCCUCCUCCAUCCUCUCCAAACACCCUGUUCCAGGUCAGCUAAAAGGCCCUGGCAGUCGACAGGCAAGCCCUGCCAAGCACUCCCCGCUCAUGGACAACAGGCAGGACUACCACCCACAACAGGGCAGUUUACCCCACAAAGAUCCCUCCUGGGGACAGAAAAAGCCUAUAGAGGUGAAGCAGCUAUUAGAGUUGUUGCAUAAAGACGAUGCUCACAGCGACACGUCUGGGGAGACUUUUAACAGCGAUAGCGGCCGAGGAGGGAGCGAAGACGACGGGCACAUCACCAGAGGCCAGCACUAUCCACACACAGAACCAGAUCAACCCAGAUAUUAUGCAACAAAGUAUACCCCCUGUGUUAAUGGUCCGAUGGAAGGCUCACGAUCCCGGCGAAUUGACAUCGGGCGGAAACCCGGAAGUCCAAACGGAUACACGCGCUUCAAGAGCAGCGGUUGUCCAGUGCCAAAAUUAGAUCUCAACGCGCGGGAGUUCCCGGCACAUAGCGGGUGCGCAGAAGACGGGGGAGACGCACAGAAAUGCUCGUCUUUCCGACAUCCCAAUUAUACCACCUUUAAGAGUGCUACCUUACCUGGGGCGACACCAUCACCACUUGCAUCGCCACUGAGCUGUGGCAGUGGAUGCAAUCUGGUGGCUGCUGCAGGGGAUGGUUACUACCACAACAGCGGGGCAUCAUCACAAACGCAUAGCCUGGAGCGAAACAAACCUCACUCCCCCAUGUUUAAAGUGAAGGCUCCUGGCUGGGAGCCCGUGUCUAAGACUCUGGACUAUCCCCCUCCACCCCCUUACCCGGAUGUCGUCAAUUCCCACGACUAUGGGUUCGAUGAGGGCAUUGGAGAAAGCAUGGCGUACUGCCGAGAGGACGACGACACAACAACAUCGGGCAGCUACACUGUCAAUGCUGACGACGCUGAUGAUAUUAACCAGUUAUACUUCACCGAUGUUGUGGUGUGACUGUGAUGUGACAGUGACGGUGACUGUGGCCGUGACAGUCAGCCUGCCUGCAUCUUGCUGGGUUCUUUUGGAGAAUCUUACAAAAGACUUUUACGACAGAGCUUUCAGUGGGAUGGUUCUAUAACGUGGUGUGACAUGUGGUCAUUUCAGUAUAUCCGCCUUCUAAAUGUGCACACAAACAGCUAUGACUGUGAGAAUGUUGUCUGUCGAUUCACAAAAUUAUUGUGAGAUAUUCAUGUUAAUACCUCGCAACUCCCCUCCACACCCACACCACGUACAGUUGGAGACUCAACAUUCUGACAGAGGUCCUCAAUAUUCAAUUCAUCUCUUUCCACUGUGCAUCUUUAUUUUUCUAUGCGUUUCACCUCAGAAUUCUUCUUCUUGAAUUCUAUUUAUUUCAUUCUCCAUACAUGAUGAGAACAUAACAGAAAUGCUUUGCCAGCCCUGGUCAUAAAGCGUACAUGAAUACUU